CCAUUUUACCCACCGUCAAUCUCCUAAUCGGCAGUAUUCCGUUCCUCUAUUUCGCUACUUAUUCAAACAAUUCUCCAGGAACUCUUAAUCCCCACACACAAAAAGAAAGAGUGGGAGUGAGAUAGAGAGCCUGGACAAUGGAAGUCCAAAAUGGCAGUGGAAAACCUCACAUUGCCAUUUUUCCGAGCGUAGGAGUCGGCCAUUUCGUCCCUCUAGUUCAAUUCGCAAAGCAGCUUUGUGUUUACCACGGCUUUUCUGCAACUGUUAUAACGAACAAGUGGAUGCGCGCAGCCAAGCAAGUCACAUACGCCGAGUACUUAGCAUCUUCCUGCCUCGACAUCCGCUUUACAGAGCUCCCCGAUGUCGACUUCCACGAGGAGGACGAGGAGCGUAUGAAGAUUGAAACUCGCAUAUCAAAGUUCAUGGAGAAAGCAGCACCAUACGUUGGGGAUAUUCUCCAUUCGUUGCUCAAUUCCUCUUCGCCCAUCUCUGCCUUUGUUACAGAUUUCUUCUGCACCGCAACUUUCGAUGUUGCAACCAAGCUAAGCAUACCCACUUACGUAUUCUUCACAUCCGGUGCCUGUAUGCUAACUCUUAUGUUACACUUCCCCAAAUUUGCUUUGGAGCACAGCGUGUCGUUUAAAGAUGAGGAGGAAUUUUGUGUGGAGGUACCGGGGCUUCCAGUAUUUUGCGCGAGGGAUCUGCCCGAGCCCAUGAAAGACAGAUCUGAUCCAGUGUUUCACUGUUUUGUCCAGCAUUGCAAUCGCCUUCCAGAAGCUACCGGGAUUCUCAUAAAUACAUUUGAAGACCUGGAGGCGGAUGCUUUAAAAGCCCUCAGGGAAGGCGAAUCAAAGCCACCCAUCUAUGCAAUUGGGCCAGUGAUAUCGGAGUCUCACGAGACACACUUGUGCCUCAAGUGGUUAGAUCAACAACCUCCCUCCUCCGUUGUGUUUGUUUCCUUUGGAAGCGGAGCAUUUAUGUCGAGGAAACAGAUUGCAGAGCUUGCACAUGGACUGGAAUCAAGCGGCCAUAGAUUUCUGUGGGUGGUACGCGGGGAGCAAAAGUUUAUCACCUUCAAUCCCAGCCAGGAUACGGACCUUUCAGAGCUUUUACCUGAGGGUUUCGUGAGUCUAACCAAAGACAGAGGACUUGUGGUUCUCAAUUGGGCUCCUCAAAUUCCGAUUCUUUCUCACCCGUCAACAGGAGGGUUCCUUUCUCACUGCGGUUGGAACUCCACACUGGAAAGCAUUUCGUAUGGGGUUCCCAUGAUCAGCUGGCCUCUGUUUGCUGAACAGAGGUUGAACAGAUUUAUGCUGAUUAACCACGAAAAGGUGGCCAUAGAUCUCAAGACGGAAAGAGAUGGGUUUGUAAUGAGAGCAGAAGUGGAGAGAGCAGUGAGGACACUGAUGGAAGGAGAAGAGGGAAUUAAAGCAAGGGAGAACAUGCGCGAAUUGAAAGAAAAGGCAAAGACUGCCUUGAUGGAAGGAGGGACUUCUUACAAAUCUAUGGCCACUGCCGCUGCUCAUCUCAUGGAGAAACAAGCCUUCAAAUGACACUCCACAUGUUCAGAAAUCUUGCUCACAGUAAACUGGUCACAGCUUUGUUCAGAAUCUUCGCUUUUUUUCGUCCUCUUUGAUCAUUGUAUUUUUUCACGUAGAAUUGUGUUUGGGAUUGUGCAAAGGCGUCGGCAUUACAGACAAAGCCGAGUAGUCCAAGGACACUGUAUUUGUCAUAGCUAUGUUGUCUGCUAGAUAAAAGAAGAUUAUGCGCUACAUUUAUUUUGGCAAUAUAUUAUACCAGUAAAAGCUAUAUAUCAAUGCAUUUGUCUUUUUAA